UACCGCCCACAAGAUUCUGUAAUUGAAGUAAACAUGUAGAACAUGACACUGCGCCUAUGCCAUUUCUUAUGCCUAGCCGAUCAUUUAUAUAUCCACGUAGAGGGACAUGAGGAAAAAAGCUAAUGGAUGAAACAAAAUCGAUAUAGUUUGCACAGAUUUGCUAUUGUUAUCGCGUGCCCGUAGGCAACGCAUUUUGCACGUACGAUCUGCUACUUAUCGUGCACUGCACCGCUGGGUUAUUCUUGUACUUGGCUUAACGACGUUUAGGUGUAUCUAUGCAUUCAUGGGCCUUGUACCGUGAAAUAUCAUGCUCGCCUAAUGAAGUGCAGCAUGCAUUUACCACAAAGCAGUUGAAUUGAAAUAUGGUGAACUGGGCUGGAUGAACAAACCUCUGUCUUUAGUGACUGGACAAAUCCGAAUCUGAAACCUUCUGGAUUGUGCUUGUGUCAUUGUUCAUCAAUAUGGACAGGGAAACAUUACAUACCUCCUCCGGUCUUAUCAAAAUACCCAGACAAACGCAUCAGCGGUGUUCUUCUCAUUUUGUCGACUACAUCGAAAAGAACAUGAGCUAUUCCAGAUUCUUUAAAAACUACUUGAUUCCAAACCACCCCUGUGUUUUUUCAAAGAAGUUUACAGAAGAGUGGAACUGCAGGAAAUACUGGGUCACAGAGGAGGGGAAGCCUAAUUUCUCUAGGCUUCUGCAACAGUUUGAAGAAACACCAGUGCCUGUGGCAAACUGUAAUGUUAAGGAAUAUAAUGCAAAUCCCAAGCAAAUAAUCCCAUUUAAAGAAUUCAUCCAGUAUUGGAGAGAAUAUAUUCAAAAUGGACACUCCUCACCCAAAGGAUGUCUUUAUCUGAAAGACUGGCAUAUGCACAGGAACUUUCCUGAGCACAACAGCUACAGAACACCCAUAUACUUUUCUUCAGACUGGCUCAAUGAAUACUGGGAUUCAAUUGAAGUGGAUGACUAUCGCUUUGUCUACAUGGGUCCUAAAGGCUCCUGGACUCCCUUCCAUGCAGAUGUGUUCCGCUCCUACAGCUGGUCAGCUAACAUUUGUGGGAGGAAGAAGUGGCUCCUCUAUCCCCCCGGCCAAGAGGAGUUUUUAAGAGAUCGCCAUGGCACUCUGGCUUAUGAUGUUACAGCGCCAAUGCUUCAAGAUAAAGGGCAGUACCCACACAUAGACAAAGCAUGCCAGCCUCUGGAGAUCAUUCAGGAAGCAGGGGAAAUUAUUUUUGUGCCAAGUGGCUGGCAUCAUCAAGUUUACAAUCUGGAGGAUACCAUUUCUAUUAACCAUAACUGGUUAAAUGGUUCUAAUCUGGACAUCAUGUGGCAAUUCUUACAAGAUGAACUUGCCUCUGUCCAAAGAGAAAUUGAAGAAUGGAGGGAAACCAUGGACUCUUGGCAUCAACAUUGCCAGGUAAUCAUGAAGUCAUGCACUGGAAUUGACUAUGGAGAGUUUGCCACAUUUUUAAAGAUAAUUGCAAACAGUCGCAUAUCUUUUUUGAACUCUUAUCCAGCGAGCAACUCUCUUCAGUCAAGACAUCUUGCUGAAGCCCUUGAAUCUUUGGGUCCUCAUCAUGCAACAUUUGACCUUCAAAGAGUCACUUAUAUUCUUGAAAGUAUGCUUAACAAUGAAGACUUCAAGAGACUUGACCCUUCAAUUUUAAAGUUCCAGCCAGAGGCACUACUUCAAGAAAUACGAGAGGCUACAAGGUCUAGUGUAUGACAGUCAAACCCUAAACAAAACAUUUCUCACCAGAAAACAUACACAUUUUGCUUUAAAAUGUUUAUUCAACAAACAAAAUAAACAAAUAAUUUCUU